AUGGAGCUAGACUACAACGAAUUGCACUACAGUCGUCGAAUUCACGGUACUGAAAAGGUAGAAUCCUUAGACGACAAGCGCUUCCGCGAGAUCAUGGAAAGCAUUAUUCAUCUAAACAACAGCGGAAACAGGGAAGCACCUUUACCAUUCAAGACCGAUGACGUAUCGCUACCGAAUAACCGACAACAAUGUCCACGCAGACUACUGUCUCUGAAGAGAAAGCUCGAAAGAAAUAACCAAACCAAACCAGUAUACAGUGAGUUCAUGCAAAAACUCAUAGACAAGAACCACGCAAGCCGCGUUCCGGCCAACGAAAUAACAACUCAGACAGGAAAAGCUUGGUAUUUCCCGCAUUUUGACGUGUACCACAGAAAGAAGCCAAAUCAAAUCCGAGUAGUGUUUGAUUGCAGCGCAGUCUUCGACGACGAGUCGUUAAACAAACAUCUUCUACAAGGUCCUGACUUGAUGAAUGCCCUAUUGGGGGUACUUCUAAGGUUCCGCAAAGAAAAUAUUGCCUUUACCUGUGAUGCUGAACAGAUGUUUCACAUCUUCUUCGUUGAUCCUGACAACAGAGAUUUCCUACGUUUCCAUUGGUUCGAAGGAAAUGACCUAGACGGUCACAUUGUCGAAUACAGGAUGAAGGUCCACCUGUUUGGCGUAGUGUCCUCUCCAGGAGUAGCCAACUACUGUCUUCAAGAAACAGCAAGAGCCGGAAGACAAGAGUUCGGGGAUGAAGCCACAGAAUUCUUACUACAAGACUUCUACGUGGAUGAUGGCCUGAAAUCUGUUCCAACAGUCGAAGAUGCUAUCAGCCUGAUCAAGAAAGUCAAAGCAAUGUGCGAUGCAAAGAAAUUACGUCUACACAAGUUCACUAAUAACAGCAAGGCAGUAUUAGAAGCAAUUCAUAUUGACGACAGAGCUAAAGACCUCAAGGACCUGGAUCUCAGAUAUGACACUUUACCAAUUCAACGUUCUCUAGGUACCUUCUGGUGCAUAGAAAACGAUACAUUAGGCUUCAGAAUUGAACUCAAAGACAAGCCACUUACCCGUAGGGGUAUUCUAUCGACUACAAGCUCGGUGUAUGAUCCUCUCGGAAUCGUCGCUACAGUAAUCCUAGUCAGCGAGCAAAUCCUCCAAAGCCUCUGCCGCCAAGGUAUCGACUGGGAUAACCACGUACCGGACGACAUUGCCAUGCGAUGGGAGAAGUGGCGUUCUGAACUACACCUCUUAGAAAAGGCCAAGAUCAAUCGUUGUCUGAAACCUGCUGGUUUUGGUACUCCAGUAAAGGCGGAAAUACGCAGCUUUGCCUACGCUUGCGAAAACGGGCUAGGACAAGUGUCUUACCUUCGUUUUGUAAACGCCCAUGAUGAAGUACAUGUCAGUUUCCUGAUGGCAAAGUCACGUGUCGCUCCUCUCAUCUCAAUACCUAGAAUGGAACUAACAGCUGUAGUCGUCUCUUUCAACGUGACAAACAUGCUUAAAAGCGAGUUAAGCUACGAAGACCUUAAGUGCGCGUACUACACAGACUCUGAGAUUGUUGUUGGCUAUACAUGUAUCAAUAACAAUGCACGGCGGUUUCACGUCUACGUUGGUAACAGAGUCCAGUACAUUAGAGACCACACCGAUCCUGAACAGUGGCAUCACAUCCAAGGCAGCCAAAAUCUUGCAGACGAAGCAUCAAGAUCGAUGUCAGCGCAAGAACUUCUCGACAACCCUAGAUGGCUCAAAGGCCCAUCGUUCCUUUGGGAAGCAGAGGUUCCUCUGAUCAACCAAUCCGGUUCCAGAUUCAAUGUAGCUGAUAACUACAUCGAAGUAAAGGUCCAUCAUCAGGAAGUGCAAGCCAGUGCUACUCUCAUCACUGCAAAGGCCAAAGAUCAACAUCCAGCUGUUCUCCAAUACAUUGGACGUUUCUCAAACUGGCACAAAGCAAAGUCAUGGAUCUCCACGAUACGAAGAGGUAUCAACAGAUUAAGAAAAAGAAAAGUCCAUCAGUCGACAUUUCGCAGAACCAAGUCAACUGUCUACCCACAGAUACAUCAGUCAAGGACCUGCAAACCGCAGAACAGCUUAUAA